AUGGAUACAACAGAAAAAAACGACUCUCCUAAUAUUGGAAGUUUAUUUCAACAAAUAGUCAACGACUUAAAGAGUACCAAUCCGUUAUGGGAUGAUUUUGUUCUUAAAGCAAACAAGUUACACUUCUGUUUAAAAGCUACAAUUCAAGCAUUAGUAUUCUAUUUAGAAGCAUUUCAAAAAAUAGCUGAUGCAGCAACAAACUCAAAAGGUGCCUCGAAAGAAAUCGGUACAGCACUAACCCGAGUUUGUUUGCGACAUAAAGCUGUAGAAAGUCGUCUAAAAACCUUUACCACUGCAAUAAUGGAAUGUUUAAUCAUACCUUUACAAGAAAAGAUUGAAGAUUGGAAAAAACAAGUGACAGUUAUUGAGAAAGAACGUGCUAAAGAAUCUAAACGAUGUCGUCUCGAACUAAAAAAAAGCUCUACAGGCACAUUACGUUUACAAAAGAAAGCCAAAAAAGGACAAACAAAUAUACAAAGCUUAGUCGACUCUUCAAUGCAAGAUUACAAUCAACGUCAGGCAGAACUAGAUGAGAUCGAAAGAAAAUCAUUGCGAGCCAUAAUGAUAGAAGAACGGAUGAGGUACUGCACAUUUGUGUUCAUGUUGCAACCUGUAGUAAAAGAGGAAUGUGAGGUCAUGUAUGAAUUAGGUCAUUUACAAGAGGUUAUGCAAUCAAUCGGAAACGUUACCAAAGAGCCUCAUGCUCUUCCACAAUCAUCAGAACAAUUUAUUCAAGAUUCGAAUAUGUCACUGAUCUUUUAUCCUGACUCGCCAGGAGGCUCAAAUACAUUACAACCUAACUGUUCAAGCUCUAUAGGAUCACGAAAGAGUUCUGUAUGUUCCAUUAACUCGAUGAACAGUAAUUCAAGUGGAUCACCUGGACAUCAAAAAUCAACAUCACAAUUUGUUUCGGAUACCCGUUUAAAAGCUGGCAAGUCAGAGGAUAGUGGAUUUCGUUCUUCUAGUACAAUGUCUUUACAGGUCUCAACUGGUGAAAUACAAUCUCAAAAUGUUUCAACGUGGCCUCCACAAGUAACGGAGCUACCGAAUGAUAAUAGACCACAUACAAUUUCAACGGCAUACGAAAAAGGACAUGCAAGACCUCCUUUAACUGUUUAUACAUUUCAAAAUCCAGACUCUUCGGAAAGUAGAUCACAACUGUCGAGAAAUAGCAAUGAAAAAGGACAAACACGGCCUCCAUUGCCAAUUCGUUGUUCCUCAUUAGAAAGACCUAUAUCAACUGUUGGCUUGCGAAACUCUCCAAAUACAUCAAAACCCUGUCCAUCUCCUAUACCUCUACAUGUUACAAAAGACUAUUUUCAAACACAAACUCAACCAACGUAUGCCAACAUGACAGAACUCACAACCAUGACUUCUACUAAAAACACUAAUAGUACUACUAUAUCCCCCCUGAAUAUCGUUAAUCAUCAACCUACUUCUCCGGUACAUUCUACAUCUUCACUUGUAUCUCCUGAUUCGUGCGCAACAAAUCCUGUUAGUUUGAUAAGUUCACCCGAUAUAUCUGCUAUCGACGAAACACCGCAAUGUACUCCACAAACAAGUUGUCCACAAACACCCACUGUUUUAGAAGUGGAUAAGGUUAAAGCAAUGUCAAACAUCGAUAAUAGCUUUGUGGAAAAUAAAGAUAAUUUAUCAGAGCCUACAAAGUAUUCUGGUUCCGUUCUGGCAAAAGCAACACUUUUUGAACAAUUAGAAAAAAAACAACUGCAAGACCAAACUCAAUUACAGAACGUAAUAAGUAGAAGUAGUAUCAGUACUAAUUAUUCUAAUAUGAAAGAGGGUAAAAAAGAGGAAAUUUUUAAAUCAAUGUCUGCUCUAGAGAGUUCAGGUGCUCCAACAAGAAUCGCUCGAAGAUCAUCUGUUAAUAUUAUCAAACCACAACCCCCUGUUAGACGAAGUUCAAGUGUUACACCCUGUCAAGAGAGUUUACCACCACCACCGUCAUAUUUACUUGAGAAAAAUCAACAAUUAGGAGGCAAUGUGGCUGGAACAGUUCGAGCCUUAAAUGAAAUGCGCCACACUCCAGCUAGUCCUAAUGUCAUACGUAAGACCCAACAAGUUACUUUUCAAGCCGAACAACUUGAACGAAAGCAACAUCAAGAAACGUUAAUGACUUACAAACAACCACAUAUAAUAACCUCAUUCAGUCCGAAGUAUGAUGCACCCAAAGUUGGAAUGUUUUCAUAUCAAUUAUCGCCUACAUCUCAGGAGAAAUCAAAGGGUUCAGGCAUAUAUGCAAGACCUCAAAUAAAUUUAGGGACUUCAAGUUUUAAGCAAAGUGGACAUGGAAUUUUUUCGCAAAUUGCUAAAAGAAUAAACCCAAAUAAAAGUAAUCAAUUUGAUUCAAACACUUUUGAUACAUUAAACCAAAGAUCAUCUAAUAACCCUGAGAAAAAUGACCAACACCAUGACAAACAACAACAUAUGAAUGACAGUCAUCAGAAUCAACAAGUAUGUGGCAAUAACUACUAUGGAACUACAUUGGAUGAUCAACAUUCAAAGACAACACAAAUACAAAGAUAUGACGUUUCAAAAUAUGCAUCAACAAAUCCGUUCAUUUCAUCUAUAACAUCUCAAAGUAGUGCAAGAUCCCAGCCACAUCCUUAUAAUUUUACAACAUCAUCAAAUUUUCAAAAUCAUCAAAGUGAAAAUGUAGCGACUCAACAUUCAUCAAAUAACAUUACUGUUGAUCGGCCUAACACACAAACUGGAAGUGUUAUUGCGAAAACUAAUGCAGGAUUCUUAGAAAAUUUAAACCAAAAAUUAGCAGAGCAAAGACUUUCUGGAAAGGCAUACGCAGUUAGAAACUAUAUUAAUAAAACAGCUUUGCCAGAUCCACGAGUUUGUCAUGAAUCUUUAUUAGACCAAAUUAAAAGAGGAGCCAUUCUGAAACGAAACAGAACAGUCAACGACAGAAGCGCACCUAACAUUAUUUAAGUGAUUUAAUUUAUAUAACUUCCGGACCUGGAAAAAGUGCGGGAACCUGGGAAAUAUUGAAUUGAAAAUAUUGAAAAAUUAAAAUUUAUAGAAUUACUUAAAAAAUGUAUAAAAUCUACUUGAUUUUUUUCUAUAUCUUGGGGUAAAUAUAAUUUUGGGAAAUGAGUUUGGUUCCCGGGAAAAAUAAACUUUUUCCAUGUCUGAUAACUUCUAAAAACAUUAUUUGAUGUUUGCUUAAUUUAUUUAAACAAUCUUAGACAUUAA